AUGUCCGGGUAUGAUCGGUUCAAUAUCCACGCUCAGCUCGAGCACUUGCAGAGCAAGUACCAGGGCACCGGUCACGUGAACAACACCAAGUGGGAGUGGACGCUCAACAUCCAGCGCGACACCUUGGCUUCUCACGCGGGGCACUAUACGCGCCUGGCGUACUUCUCAAUCUGCGAGAACGAGUCCAUUGCCCGCAUCCGCCAUCGGUGCCUCCAGAACAUGGCAAAGCCGAUCACGCGCGUCAAAAGUCAGCCCAAGGUUUAG